UAGCACAUGGAAGUUUCAUGAGUUACCAGUUACCACCACUCGUGUUCCAAUCUACUACACUUAAUAUCGGUGUUGUGAUUUGCAAUAGAUAACUAACUUUCAAGUCUCCUUACAACCAAAGAAAAACGGCCAUUUUGUCACGGCUGACGUCUUCACUUUCUCUCCUUCUCUUUCCUCCAAGAAAACUACUAUAAGACUCCCUCAGCUUCAACCCAAUCUUUGCUUCAACUGUUACAACAACACUCUCUAGUUUACCACUCAAGAAAUCCAGAGUUAGCACUUGUAUAUCAGUGACAAUGGCCGCCAAUGUUGCGCGAGAGAUUUUACCUCCGGCUCUGGAUUCUACCUCUGACCCUCCUGCAAUCUUUGAUGGUACAACAAGGUUGUAUAUAUCAUACACUUGUCCAUAUGCACAGCAUGUGUGGAUUACCCGGAACAGUAAGAGAUUACAGGAGAAGAUUAAACUGGUUCCUAUUGAUCUGAAGAACAGGCCUGACUGGUACAAGGAGAAAGUUUACCCACCGAACAAGGUGCCAUCAUUGGAACACAACAAUGAAGUUAAAGGAGAAAGUCUUGAUUUGAUCAAAUAUAUUGAGAGUCACUUUGAAGGGCCUUCACUUUUCCCUGAUGAUCCCACUAAGAAGGAAUUUGCAGAAGAGCUGUUUUCCUAUACUGACACAUUCAGUAAGAUUGUAGUUUCUUUCAUGAAAGGAGAUGGAAAUGAACCUGAUGCUGCAUUUGAUCAUAUUGAAACAGCUCUAUCCAAAUUCAAUGACGGGCCAUUUUUUCUUGGACAGUUUAGUCUAGUGGAUAUAGCAUAUGCUCCAUUCAUAGAAAGAUUUCAACCUUUCUUAUUGGAAGUAAAGAGAUAUGACAUAACUGCCGGCAGGCCAAAACUGGCAGCUUGGAUUGAGGAGAUGAACAAAAAUGAGGCUUUCAAUCAGACCCGGCGUGAUCCAAAGGAGCUUGUUGAAAUAUACAAGCAACGUUUCAUGUCUCAGCUCUGAACAUCGGGUAUUCAGUAUCACCGGCCAGCCUCAUAAUCAACCAGAUAAAUCCGUUCGAACCUACAAUGUCUCUUCAAUUAUCUUCUAUUCAAGCUAGGCUGGAAUAAUAAUUAUGUGGAGAAUAAUGUACUGUGUUUUAGAAAAAUUAGGUUGGAAAACUUCGCAAAAUGACCAGUGUACUCCGGCACAUUAAUGAAUAGUAUUGUAUUAUU